AUGCCUAAUUUUGUACGAUGCUAUACCGGCGACGACGGCAAGUCUCACCUAGAAGACCUGAACCCGCCCUUCGAGUCCUUCGUAGACACCGAAGGAGCCUACGGUGAGGGAACGCCGAUGCUGGGAGCCAACGGCGUUAACAUUCGCAUCGCCCAGCCCGGGUACCUGCUGGAGUGGCAUUGCGCGCCCCGCCGCCAGUACACCAUCACCCUUUCCGGAGUAGCCGAGGUAGAGGUCAGCGAUGGCACCAAGCGGCAGGUGGGCGCCGGAGACGUGCUGCUGGCCGAGGACCUGACCGGCGCGGGGCACAUAACCCGGGUAAUCAGCGACGAGCCCCGAUAUUACAUGGUAGUGGCCCUGGCCGACUAG